AUGACAGACAGAAUUAUUGUAGUAAGCAACAGAUUACCACUGAAAGUAUCUAAAAAUGACUCAGAAUAUAUCUAUACAAAGACAUCAGGCGGAUUAGUCACAGGACUAUCAGGUGCACAAGACUCUUUAAAUUUCACAUGGAUUGGUUCAUUAGAAGGCGUACCUGAUGAAGACCAAUUAAAAGUAAAAAAUGACUGUAUAAGUAAGUAUAAGUAUAACCCGAUAUUUAUUAAAGAUGAUUUAUACGACAAGUACUACAAUAACUUAUGUAAUGGCGUACUAUGGCCAUUAUUACACUCAUUCAAUGACUUAACCCAAUUUUCAAUAGAGGACUACAUAGCGUAUAAACAAGUAAAUGUACAAUUUGCUAAUGAAGUACUAAGUAUACUACAGGAUGGAGAUAUAAUUUGGGUACAUGACUACCAUUUAAUGAUCCUCCCAGAAUUAAUCAGGCAGGGCACGGAUAAGUCCAUAAAAAUAGGAUACUUUUUACACAUCCCAUUCCCGAGUUACGACAUCCUUAAAGGAUUCCCGAUUUUAUAUCCAUUAAUUAAUGGCGUACUUGGAUCGGACUUAGUCGCAUUUCAUACGUUCGAGUACUUAUCGAACUUCAAGAACUCCUCGGAAAUUUGCGAGUCCGAAAAUAUUUCGAAAAUGACCGUUAUAAAAAAUACUCGGUCGAUAAAAUUAGAAGCACUCCCGAUCGGGAUAAGUCCGGAAUUGUUCAAGAAUGAGUCCUUAAAGGAGGAAACCAUCAAACGAGCACAGGAAAUAAAAAAACAAUUAGGAAAUAAAAAGAUCGUGCUUGGGAUUGACAGGGUCGAUUACAUAAAGGGGAUUCCCCACAGGAUAAAAGCAUUCAAUAAAUUACUGCAGGAUAAUAAGGACGUAUCAGAAGGGGUCGUGUUCUGUCAAGUGGGUGUGCCCAGUCGGACAGAUGUAAAGGUGUACGCUGCACUGUCGAGUGUUUUAUGUAAGCUCAGUGGAUCGGUUAAUUCGACCGGGUCGAUUGAGGACACUUCUGUGUACUUUAUAAACAAUUCGGUCACAUUCAGUGAGUUAUGUGCAUUAUACAGUGUAUCUGAUGUGUGUGUGGUGUCCUCAUUAAGGGACGGCAUGAACUUAGUGGCACUUGAAUUUAUUGCGUGCACUGGCACUGGCGUAUUAAUAAUGAGCGAGUAUGCUGGUGCAGCUGGUAUGCUAACAGAGUCUGUAUAUUCCAAUCCAUGGGACAUAAAGGAGUUAUCCCGUAUGUAUAAGGUAUCACUAGGGAUGAGCGACCGGGAGAGGAGGGAGAAGAGGGAAGGGAUGCAGAAAGUUGUAUUUAAAUUUACUGCUGAGCACUGGGCGAACAGGAACAUAUCUUUAUUAAGGGAUAUGUAGUAGAUUAUAUACAGUGUAUAAUAAAUACGGGU